ACAGCUCAACUAACGCUUGUAUCACAAUGUCUGGACGUGGCAAAACCGGCGGCAAGGCUAGAGCUAAGGCCAAGACACGCUCCUCCCGUGCCGGGCUUCAGUUCCCGGUGGGUCGUGUCCACAGACUGCUCCGCAAGGGCAACUAUGCUCAGCGCGUCGGGGCCGGCGCUCCCGUCUACCUGGCGGCAGUGCUCGAGUACUUGACUGCUGAAAUUCUGGAGUUGGCCGGCAACGCCGCUCGCGACAACAAGAAGACCCGAAUUAUUCCCCGCCACUUGCAGCUCGCCGUCCGCAACGACGAGGAGCUCAACAAACUGCUCGGCGGCGUCACUAUCGCUCAGGGCGGAGUGUUGCCUAACAUCCAGGCUGUGCUCCUGCCCAAGAAGACUGAGAAGGCCGGCAAAGCCAAGUAAUUUCAGCGUCUUCCAGACCCCCAAAACGGCUCUUUUAAGAGCCAACCACUUCAAACUUUGAGAGUCUUAUUCCAUCAACUGAUACUGUGUUAGAAGCAGUUAGUAUGAACUACAAACAAUUUUCAAAAAUACAUGUCACAUGGAAUUCGGUAAUUCGUGUGUUACAAUUGACAUCCUAGGAUAACAGAUUGGAACACCUUCCACCAUUUUAAUGUCACAGCUCAAGAUGCCAUUAUAGAUAUACACCUGUGAAAGUAAUAAUGUAUGAGUAUAAAAUUAAUUAUAUUACAAAACUAAACCCAUUAAUUUCUAAUGCGGGCCAAUUUAGUAAUAGUAUGCCAACUAUAUGAGACCCUUCCCCAAUAGAUGCAGUCGCAUUGUCGACUCAAGUGCAUGUACUGAAAUGACACUAUUACAACAUACUUGGGCAGUUAAUAGGUGUAUAAU